UAUUAUUUUCCCAACCCAUCAUAUAUGUCUGUAUUUUUAAAUACAUGGUCAAUUUGUUCUUUAACGAAGAUUCAGGUCGACCCAAAAAAUCCCGAACGCUAUGUCGGCGCUGCCGGACGAGAUGUGGAGAACGGUAAUGGAUAUCGGCAUCGAAACCAAAUCCCUACAAUACAGAGACCUCUGCUCGCUUUCCAUAAGCUGCCGCCGUCUCCGUCGACUUGCCUCCGAAGAUUCUCUCUGGUCGUUUCUUCUCCUUACCGAUUUUUCUUUGUCCGCCGACGAUUUAAAAAGGGAGAACGGAAGCAUCUCGUCUUCAAUUCAAAGCGGCAAGUUUAAGAGCCUCUACAAGAUCAGGUAUGAGAAGGACAGGGAAAAAAACCGCCUGGCGCGUCGAAGAGUUGUUCUGAGAAUGGAGAGUGAAGUAGCUGAGCGUCUGAGGAAAAUUCGGGAUUUGGAGCUCCAGUCUUCGGAGGAGAAAGAGAAAUUGAAUAUGGUGGUUGCUGAGUUACGGAAUUUGCGUAAGGCCAGGCAAGCUUCGGUUGCUAUGAACGUUUGGCAGCCAGAGGUUAUUAGGGGCAAACAAAAAGAGAUGAUUCAGCAAAGCAAUGUGCCUGUUGAAUUUCGGAUUAAUGCUCUUGAGAUGGAGAUCAGUCUUUGCAAACAACAGAUUGCAGGUUUUGAUAAGGCGCUCCGCCUAGAAAAAAGAAGGCUUCAUGAAGCUGAGGAACAGUUGGCUUCAGUGAAAUAUCACCCGCUGGAAUAUUUUCGUAAUGCUAGUUUCCAGACAAUGGAACGGAUCGUCAGAAGUAAAAAGUUUCAGCAUACCUCGAAUAUAAAGGAGGAUUAAACAAUUUUAAACAGUUGUGAAUGUCAAAUAUCUGUGGAGCAUGUCUCGAAACAUCACUGCCCAUAGAGAUCACGAGCAAGAAGUUAGCAAGAAAAGAUUUUCUGUCCAUGUCAACUUUUUAAAGUCAGGCACAUAAUCGUAAUGUUGUUGCUGGCGAUCAUGGCCAUAGUUACCAUCCUCAUAGCGGGUCUUCUCCACUCGAUGCUCUCGACCAUCUCGUUUAUGGACUCCAAAGAUCCUUUCUGGGUUGAUGAAUUAGGGUACUGGUCCAGUAUGUGACUUGCCGUGGAGCCCCAACCCACAAUUUUCCGAUGAUUUCCGGCAACUUUUCUCAUCAGUUGUGCUGGAUUAUCUGAGAAGUGUGCCCAAGUUAGAAUAUUUUCAGUUGAUUUAUUUAUCUAUUAUUUUUUUUGUUUCAAAGUGAUUUUUCUUCCUUUGUACAGACAACUCGGUUCUUUACGUCAAUUGUUUAAAAGAUGAACCAACUUUUCUUUUUUCGUUUUCUUUUAUUUUCGUUGUAGCCACUUUUUGGAGUGUAUUUUGGGUAAAUCUGGGCGUUAUGUAUGUUAUAUUGGGUAUGAUGAA